UGAGUUCUGUCCGCACAGAAUGGAACCCAAUGGAUGUUUGCUUUGGCACCAAGCAACCUUACCAGAUAAUCACAGUGGAACAGUCCAUCAGUACAGACAAAGAGCACAUGGUUGACAGCUGCACCUACGAAUCUGUUCGGAACAAAAUCCAGUGUAUGUCAGUCACCAGGAUACCACUGAAAUCAAAGGCCAUUAGCUGCUGCAGAAGUGUUGCUGAAGACAAACUGAUUCUGGGCUGUGAAGAUUCUUCAAUAAUUCUUUAUGAAACUUACCGCAGAGUCACUCUCUUAGCCCAAGCUGAACUUUUACCUUCAUUAAUAAGCUGCCACCCAAGUGGUGCCAUUCUGCUAGUUGGCAGUAAUCAAGGAGAGCUGCAAAUUUUUGAUAUGGCUCUAUCUCCUAUUAACACCCAACUCUUGGCUGAAGACCGCUCACCCAGGGAGACUCUGCAAUUUAAUAAAUACUUUCAUGUUUCCAGCAGUCUUGUUGAAAUGCAGUGGAUAGCUCCUCCAGUUGUAUCUCAGAGACCUGAAAGUAUGGAAAUCUAUAAUCUCCUUUUCCUUAGAUUUGACAGAGGACCUUUAGGUGUACUUUUAUUUAAACUUGGUAUCUUCACACAAGGACAGUUGGGCCCAGUAGACAUAAUCUUCCAGUACAUUCAUUGUGAUGAGAUCUCUGAAGCAAUAAACAUCUUGAGCAGUAUGGACUGGGACAGUCUAGAUCACCAAUGCUUUAUCAGUAUGACUGCCAUUGUAAACCAUCUUCUUAGACAAAAGCUCACUCCAGAAAGAGAAGCACAGCUUGAGGCAAGCCUUGGAACCUUCUAUGCUCCAACAAGACCACUUCUGGAUACAACGAUAUUGAAAUAUAGAGACCAAAUUAGCAAAUAUGCGAGGAGAUUUUUCCAUCACUUACUCAGGUACCAGAGAUUUGAAAAGGCAUUUCUGUUAGCUGUUGACAUUGGUGCUCGUGACCUGUUUAUGGUGAGUCAUUCUCAAGUGAUGAUUUUGUGCCUUCAGUUCUAAGGCUGAGUAAGUUGUCAGCUUUUGUGGCCAUUAAAAAGGAUUAGUGUCAUUUGUGCCUUAGACACAUGUUGAGAAAGCAUUAUAACAUCUUGGCUUGUAGCUUUUUCUUCAUGGAACUGGUCAAUAACCAUCUAGUCUCUUUAUUGAUU